AUGAACAACAUGCCAUUACAACACCUAUCACACACCAGCAUGUCAGCAUACGCAGUCAUGUCAGCACAUGCCAUUGCGUCGGCAGGUGCCAUCGCGUCAGCACAUGCCAUCAUGCUGUGCCUGCGACUGCUACCUCUCCCCAUGCCUCCUUCACCACCACCACCACCACCACCACCACCACCACCACCACCACCACCACCACCACCACCACCACCACCACCACCACCACCACCACCACCACCACCACCACUGCUGCGUCUGCUGUUGCGAUCGUGUUCACUGCUCCUCCGCCGCCUCCUGCUCCUGCUCGGGAUGGAAAGAUCGCCCAGAGCUGCAUGGCCAGCCAUAGCAGGACCAGAGGCAACUCCUGGAGAUGAUUCACCAUCUAGACCAGAUACUGCUGUGUGGCUGCCUGCAAUGACCCCACCCGCUACAGCACCCUCUGCAAGGGAAGCACUAAGUGCAGUCCCACUUUGA